AAACAUUUGAAAGUUAAAUGUUUCAAAACAAUGUGUGAAGGAUUGAAGUGAAGUUUCUGCUUCUAUAAAACGAAGUACGAACGUAUUUCUAAAACUUUUUUAUUAAGUAAUAAAUGUUUCAACUGUGUCGAUUGUGAAAAGGUUAUCUUACCUUGUGUUUAAAAUGGAUGAAGUACAUAUAAAUACUUUUGCAUUAUCAUUUCAAAACAAUCGCUUAAGUUAUUGUGGACAAGAUUGUCAGAGAAUACCAUCGGCACUAUGGAACAUGUACGGUACUAAGGUUCAUUAUUUGGAUUUAAGUUACAACAAUAUAGAAACACUUAAAGGGUUAGAGAACUUCACGAGGCUACAGGAAUUGAUUCUGGACAAUAAUAAACUAGAGGAUAACAUAAGAUUUCCUUUCAUGCCGUAUUUAAAGACACUCUCUUUAAAUAACAAUAAGCUGGAAGAUUUAGAAGGGUUGAUACAAAAGAUCAAUGAGUAUAUGCCAGCACUCUCUUACUUGAGCAUAUUGAGCAACAAAGCCUGCCCCAACCAACUGUCAGACUGCGAGAAGGAUGACUCCGAUUAUCAAAGAUACAGAUACUACGUGAUCUACAAGGUGCGUAGAUUGCGGUUCCUCGACUCUCGCAGUAUAUCGUCAUCGGAACGUUCUGAGGCGGCCGUCCGGGGUGAGUUCAUGCGCGUGCGCCGCCCGCGAGAGCCGCCACAGCCGCCAGGGACUCCGCCCCUGCAAGACACGAACACGCCCGUACGACCAUUGCCCGUCGACUUCUCAUCGCUUGGCAAACACAAAGGCGCCUACGGAAAAUGUCGAUACAAAUACACGGGCAAACACUCUGAGGGAAACAGAUUCAUCAUGAAUAGUGACUUGUGACGUCAUAUUUUACGUCCACCUAUUUUUUAUAAUAAAGAAAGAAACUAUAUCUUGAAAUAUGUUAACAUUAAAGUUUUCUAUUGAUUUUGUUG